GAGAGAGGGCAGGAGGGAAAAACACAAGAGAGGAAACCUCUAUCCAAUCUAUUUUAAAACAGCCGCAAUGGACACUAAACCAUCAGUGACAGCCUGCAAGUUCAGUUGAGACAAACUAGGAAAUCUUACCUCUAUUGGAUAAAAAAAACUGAAAGAAGAAAAACCUUUACUUGGUCCGAUGCAUCCAGCUACAGACUUCAACCUUUGCUGAGUCUAGCAAGGAGCCUGAUGACCACCACCAAGCUUUACCAAAUUUUACACAACGCCCAGGUGAAGACUUUGUGUGUGCUAUUGCUGUUGUGUGUCAACUUUGCCAUGGGGGACGUCCGUGGCCCAUGCAGGCACUCCCUAACCAAAGACCAUCUGCUUCAUAUCAAAAGUCUGAUCAACAACCAGCUGCAAAGUGGAUGUUUCAUUACCUACACAUUCAUUGAAAGGGGACGCUUGAGUAAAGUAUGCUACGUCAAGGCAGCUCUGCCCUGGGCGCUAGAGCUGCUCAGUGCAAAUUUCCACUAUGUCUCAAGCUCAGAGAAUGGGAUGAAUGUGCGUGCUCUCAAAGGAUUAAUCCUCAAUAUCUACUCCCAGCAAUGUGCACCCACCAUCAAUGAGGAGGUAGAGGAGGAUCCAGUAACAUUUGAACGGGAGUACCAUGGCUCUCCCAAAGAGGCCUUGCUCAUGGUGCAGGAGGUGCUGGUCCUCUACCUGGACAUCAUCACCCACAGCAGAACACCUGUGGACUGGAACUGCGAGACAGAGUAUGCCCAGCAGGAACCUUUGCAGGCACCUGCUUACAGCCGGCCAAGCACAGAGGAUCCUGCUACGGAAAAGCUGGAGAGAAACUUCAGGAAUGAGACUAGCCAAGAUCUACACAACUUCUACAAGCUUGGAUUUAUUGCCAUGACAGCAUGUUGUGGAUUACUUCUACCUAUCACAGUCUGCAGCUUCAUAAAACACAAGAAACUUCAAAAUAAUCUUCAAAGAAUCCAGGUCAUGGCACAUGAAAGGUUCAACCCAUAUCAGCACAGCAUUGAGUUGCAGGAUUUAUCAGGUUUGCCACGAUUACAUGCAUGAGCUUCCAGCCAGGCCAAGCACAUGGAGGAGAAGAAGUAGGAAGGAAUUAUUUUCUCGCUUUCUCACGGACUACUUUGAGGACUGACACACUUGCCAGAACUAAGACAUAAAUAUGAGUCUUUCUACUUUGAGAGUAUAUUUUUACAAGGAAGAUAUUACUUAUCAUAAAUGCAUAUAUAUAUGUGUGUGUGUGUGUGUGUGUGUGUGUGUGUGUGUGUGUGUGUGUGUGUGUGUG